AUGUCCUCCUUCGCCGUAGUGAAAGACAUCGACCACCUCGUCCUAACAUGCAAUGACAUCCCGGCCACUAUAGAAUGGUACACCAAAUAUCUCGGCAUGAAGUCCGAGACCUUCACAUCAGCAACCGACCCCUCGUCUCCACCUCGCAGCGCCUUGAAAUUCGGCACUCACAAGAUUAACCUUCAUCAGCGCGGUAAAGAAUUUGAACCUAAGGCGAGAACUGCGUUGCCUGGUACUGCUGAUCUGUGCUUUAUUAUUGAAGACGGGACGGAUCUGCAGGGCUUGGUUGAGGGGUUCGAGAAGGAGGGUAUAAAGGUUCUGGAAGAGGGAAAGGUUGUUGGGAGAACGGGGGCUAUGGGAGGGAUUAGAAGCAUUUAUAUCCGUGACCCUGACGGUAAUUUGAUUGAACUUUCCCAGUACUCGACUUAA